CCAGUUGACUAUUCCGGUGUUCAUUCAGUAUCGCCAAAAAAAGCUAGUUACUCUUAUUAUUUUUUAACCAAACAUUAUACAUAAGCGGUAUUUGGCUAACUAGCGCCCGAGUUUCUGACUGCUAAUCCGACGGAAUGAUGGAGAAACUAUUGAAGAUUCCAAAGGCUACUGGCAAUGUGUUGGCACUCAGCAUUGCGGAAGUUCUCUUGGCACUUGUGGGAUUCGCGGCAAAUUUCUACAACCUGUUUUACGGGAUCGUAUCAGCGGGAGAGAGUAUUCCGAUUGGCCAGACGCUGAUCUUCAUCGUUUCCAUCCCGUUGUACGGACUACCGCUGGUAUGCGGUGCCCGGUUUAUGCUGGCCAGUGUGCGACUAUUGCGUGGCCGGAGAAAUUCCGGCUUCUUCGGUGAAGGUGUCCGCAACAUUCCCGCGUGGCAGUUCGGAUUGUGCCAGCGUUUGGCUCUUAUGGGCAGCGGCACGUGCCUGCUGGCCCUGGUUCUUGCGUGGUUCUGCGAGGUCGGGUUGGCCGCUAACCACCUCCUCUUGUCGGCCAAACUGGACGCCUUGUUUCCCAAACCUGACACUACACCCAAACCCAAACUGGAAGCGUGGGCAGCCGUUCAGCAAGCAUUCCAGGCGGACCUCACCGGACAGAUGGUUAUGCUGGCAGCGGUUCUGAUACAGAUCGCCGCUGUCAUCGUCGUGGUCUUCAUUAUUCGACAAAGUAAAUCCGUCCGAGAGGAGCUGGAGGCGGCUGGGCGGAACGCGGAUGAUCGCAAGGCCUCCAAGGAAGAGCACAAGCUGCUGGCGCGUUCGAAGGAGUGUAACGGACCACCGCCAGCGUACAGUGACGGAAAAAUGAAAAUGACCGUGUAGGACCAAUGUGACCUUUACCUGGAGGCUUUACCGUUGAGUUCGCAGUUAAUGACCUUUAACAGAGAAUCCUUGAACAACUGUACGGUUUACGUGCCUUUAGAGAAUCUUUCAUUAAAAUUCGAGUUCAUAAUAGACCGUGCUUAAAUACUCUUCUCGAUAUCUGUAUUACGGCUUUUAUGAAUUUUUCAUAGUACGUCUUCUGCCUCAAAUUUUAUAUUAAAACAUAGUAAUCUUGUACGGGUGCUUCGAUGCCCUAGAACUUCACCUGU